GGAAACCGUCAGACUCGAUUCCUCCUCCUUCUCCGAGGAAUUCUGCCCCUUCCCGCUGCCCUGCCCUCCCCCCUUUAAAGGUUGACUUGCCCUGCGGCGCUCUACGGCGCUCCAGCCCUCUGGCGCCUCCUGCUCAACCCCUGGCUACGCGGAUCUGCUCCAGCCCGCCCGCUCGCCCGCGCCGCGCCGCGCACUUCCCGCAGCAAAGCAGAAGGACGCUCCGGGAGAUGGAGAGCAAAGCCCUGCUCCUGGUGGUGCUGGGAGUGUGGCUCCAGACUUUGACCGCCUCCCUUGGAGGGGUGGCUGCAGCUGACGGAGGAAGAGAUUUUACAGACAUUGAAAGUAAAUUUGCCCUAAGGACCCCUGAGGACACAGUUGAGGACACUUGCCACCUCAUCCCUGGAGUAGCAGAAUCUGUAUCUAACUGCCACUUCAACCACAGCAGCAAGACCUUCGUUGUGAUCCAUGGCUGGACGGUGACAGGAAUGUAUGAGAGUUGGGUGCCCAAACUUGUGGCUGCCCUGUACAAGAGAGAGCCCGACUCCAACGUCAUCGUGGUGGAUUGGCUGUAUCGGGCCCAGCAACACUAUCCAGUGUCUGCUGGAUACACCAAGCUGGUGGGAAAUGAUGUGGCCAGGUUCAUCAACUGGAUGGAGGAAGAGUUUAACUACCCCCUGGACAAUGUCCACCUCUUGGGGUACAGCCUUGGAGCCCACGCUGCUGGUGUGGCAGGAAGUCUGACCAACAAGAAGGUUAACAGAAUCACUGGCUUGGAUCCAGCUGGGCCUAACUUUGAGUAUGCAGAGGCCCCCAGUCGCCUUUCUCCCGAUGAUGCAGAUUUCGUCGAUGUCUUACAUACAUUCACCAGAGGGUCACCUGGCCGAAGUAUUGGGAUCCAGAAACCAGUAGGACAUGUUGACAUUUACCCAAAUGGAGGCACUUUCCAGCCAGGAUGCAACAUUGGGGAAGCCAUUCGUGUGAUUGCAGAGAGGGGUCUGGGAGAUGUGGACCAGCUGGUGAAAUGCUCCCAUGAGCGCUCCAUCCAUCUCUUCAUUGACUCCCUGCUGAACGAAGAAAACCCCAGCAAGGCUUACAGGUGCAACUCUAAGGAAGCCUUUGAGAAAGGGCUCUGCCUGAGUUGCAGAAAGAAUCGAUGCAACAACGUGGGCUAUGAGAUUAACAAGGUCAGAGCCAAAAGGAGCAGCAAGAUGUACCUGAAGACUCGCUCUCAGAUGCCCUACAAAGUCUUCCACUACCAAGUCAAAAUUCACUUUUCUGGGACUGAGAGUGACAAGCAGUUCAACCAGGCCUUUGAGAUUUCUCUGUAUGGCACAGUGGCCGAGAGUGAGAACAUCCCCUUCACUCUGCCUGAGGUGUCCACAAACAAAACCUACUCCUUCCUGAUUUAUACGGAGGUGGACAUCGGAGAGCUUCUGAUGAUGAAGCUCAGGUGGAAGAGCGACUCCUACUUCAGCUGGUCGGACUGGUGGAGCAGCCCCGGCUUCAUCAUCGAGAAGAUCCGGGUGAAAGCGGGAGAGACUCAGAAAAAGGUCAUCUUCUGUGCUCGGGAGAAAGUGUCUCAUCUGCAGAAGGGAAAAGACCCCGCAGUGUUUGUGAAGUGCCAUGACAAGUCUCUGAAGAAGUCUGGCUGAUACUAAGCAAACCAACAGGAGGAGAAAGCACAUGAGUUCUUUGAAGACUGAAGUAAAUGAAGUAAAUUUUAUAAAAAAGAAAAAAAAAAUACCCUUGUUUGGGUGUUUGAAAGUGGGUUUUCCUGAGUAUUAAUCCCAGUUCUAUCUUGUUAGUUAAAUUAGAAGACAGGUUCAGAUACUAAAACGUGCCUAAUACAAGGUGAGGAGUCUCGUGGCCAAUAGCGUGUCUUUCCGCAUCAGAGGACAGCAGAUAGGAGAAGCAUGAUGCCUUUUGUCCCAUAAGAAGGAAUCGUAUGUUCCCAAUAAACAAGACUCCUUCCUGUGACCCAAUUGGUCAUGGUGGGAAAAUUAGUGAGAGUAAGGGCCUCUUAUUUUGUUAGAAUUCUGAGGCUUUAAACUGAGACCUUUUCAAAGUUUUCUCCAAGUCUAAUAUAGAUAACGUUUUUUUGUGGCAUGAGUCAGAUGCAUUUCUUUAGCAGUUGAAAUACCUGGCCUUUGUAACUAGUUCUUUUCACCAUUGUGAUAAAGCCCCCCCAAAAGGUAACCAGGGAUGUAUGACUUAGCAAAAGCAAUGGAGGCCAGAGCUCAUGAAGUCCUGAGCCUUGGUUCCACCAUGACAAAGUACAAAUCAACAGAGAUACGGAACUAGAUUGAGUAAUUCUAAAUAGACUUAAAUUUUUACAGCUUAAUCCCUCCAUCUUUUAAAAGUUUGUCUUACAAAAUACGCUUAUAAUUCAGGUGACAAAAUUGAAAUGAAGGAAAAUAACGCCUAGUCUGAUUUUACUUUUAUUUUUUUCUUUUUUGAGAAGUCUCAUUUUUUUCACUCUGUAGCCACGCCUGACCCAGAACUCAGCUACUUUGUUCAGGCUUGCCUUGAACUCUCAGUGAUCCUCCUGCUUUAGCUUUCUGAGUGCUGGGAUUAGUAGCAUGAGCCAUACCUGGCCUGAUACCAUAAUUUUAUCAUCAGAUUUUCCUAUCUGUUUUCAUCAACUUGAACACAUUCAAUAGCCAAUAUCAGCAUUUAGCUUGAGACUCUUCUCAGCCAUGCCUCUGUCACACUCUAACAUCACAUCCAUUUCUAGUUUAGAUGUGAUCAAGUUCAAUUUCUGCAACCUGCAAUGUACAAAGUUUAGACCAUGACCAUUGUACCACAUAAAAGUUGAAAUUACUGGGAAAUAGACUCGUCGAUGCUUAUUAAUUGUAGUGUGCACAGAAGAGGAUCAUCAGCUGUGAUAGCCACGGGAAGUACAAACUAAUCAAGAGUGAGUUAACAAUUAUUUAUGAACUGGAUCUUCUAUUUUCAGAAUAUUUUUACUAUAUAUUAAUAUAAAGCGAUAAAGAAGUCCUAUGCCAGAGGCUAUUGCUGCAAACGCAAACUGUGAAACUGUGGGUGUCUGGACACCUACCCACAGACAAAGCCCCACAAGUAUAUUUGUCAUUUAAUGUCAUUCGGAAAGGGAAAGGAGUCAAGGGGUGUGCUGGGGAAUGUCAGAGAAGUAGUUUCGGGUAUGUUGGAAUGUUAGCCCUUGCUAGGAGAAGGGUGGUUGUGCCUAUGUGAUAUAGGACAAAAGUGACUGAUUUCAUCAGGCUUCGAGUCAAUUCUAACAAUAAAAUGAUGUGCAAUUUGUCA